GUCCUCCACAGCGUGGUUCGACGAGGAGAGCCGGCGCGCAGCUGCGCUCAAACUGGCGAGCGUCGAGACCGUGCUGUGGCCUCGCGCCGAGAUGCUCACCGACGAAGGCCUGGCCCGCGCGUACGCCGGUUUCCCGGACUGGGCGGCGGACUCCUUGGUCGACUUGUGGGUGCGGACGCGCCGUGCGGCUUGGCGCUUGCUGGGCACGGCCGAGGGCGACGACCACUCCGCCACGCCCGGUGGCUACGUGCUUCCGCACGUGCGCUACGAGCACGUGAUCAACACCCUCUUCGUCUCUAUGGCGGCGCUUGCGAAGCCUCUCUAUUACCCUAAGGUUCCGGCCAUCGAGGUCGCCCACGCGGCAUGGCUCGCAGUGCGUGAGCCCCAGGACCUUCGACUGUCGAUCCGGUGGAGCGAGGCACAGCUCUUCUUCAUCACUGCCUGCUACGCCAUGUGUGCGCACGACCGCCUCAGCAAGCUCCAUGCUGGACAGUGCAACAAGGCCGUCCAGAACUUCGCCCCGUUCGCCGAGGCGUUCAACUGCUCGCCCGGGGCGCGCAUGAACCCCGAAAACAAGUGCACCUUUUUCGACCGAGUCGCCGCCACAAACGCAUAUGUGCAGGAAUCUUAGCUUACUUCCAGACCGUUUGUAUAUCGGAUGGUUCGCAUACAUCUCGCGAUCAGAAGAAUGUGCGCGUUUUGGAUCUUUGUUCGUUCAGUUCUUGCAGAUUGACGUGAAUAGGUACCGUCAUGCCCGCAAGUGCCUAUGUUUCAACUGUACAUAUAAUUAACAUUUUAUAUUGUGCAAUUUUGAAGAUGCUCUUUAACGUGGGUAAAACGACAAUGAAAUAAUGUCUUUGUUGCCUACUCACGUCACGUGUUAUUGUAAGAAAUAACAAUAAUGAAGAGUUCGACGGAAACCAGUCUGAUGAGGGAUGAACUUGAUGAAAUUAAAACUGACACUCGCCACUAAAAAUCGCAAUGCUC